AUGUCGGACCAAAUAGCCUCAACGCCGCGUGUUUUUAUUAUGCGCCAUGCCAGUGCCCGGAAGACCUCGUGGGCCAAGAUCGGCCGCUACACGGGCAUCACGGAAGUUGGCCUCACGGAAACCGGUAUCGUACAGGUCUCGACAACGGCGAAUACGUUUGUGGGCGCUCGCAAGUUGAUUGAUCCAUCCAUCCUUGCGCACGUUUUUGUCAGUCCGCGGAUGAGGGCUAAAGACACCUUGAAAAUCCUUCUCUCCGAGAGCACCAAUAUGCGUGUCACGGAAACGGAAGACAUUGCAGAGUGGGCUUAUGGCGAUUACGAAGGCAAAACGACUGGUGAAAUUAGGCUCUCCAGGAAGGAACGUGGUUUGGACCUUGAGAAAGAAUGGUCCAUUUGGCGCGAUGGUUGUGAAGGCGGAGAGUAG